AUUCGUCGGUUCAGUUUGGUACGGGAAUUAUAUCAACCGCUACAACAGACAGACUACUUUAAUUGAAUCGAUAAUUUUGCACUUUUUCUGACUUGAAUCCAUAGCUAAAAUUCAUGAAAAUAAAAUAAAAAAAACAUGUUUUAUUUAAUUAACGCAUUUGUUGCGAAAAUUCAUGGUCAAUUUUAAAUGAACGGUUGAAACGACUGAAAACGUUUUGGUCCCAUUCAAAUGGAGCGGUGGAACGUCGUGUUAAACAGCAAUUUUUGACAGUUGGUUGGUUCAUAUGCGGUUUUUCUUUUAGUAUAUAUAAAUGCAAAAUGGCGUCCCUAGUUUGAUGCUGUAUAUUUGCUUUGCAAGAUUCACACAUAUUUCACACAAUUUUAGACAAUUUAUUACACCUUUUACGAUAAAGAAUCAGUAAAAAAAUUUAUUAGUGAAACUUAAUAAAUCAGCAGAUAGAUCGGAUAGAUCGAAUCAAUUGAAAAAUCUACGUAAAAAUUCAUUCAAAGUAAUUGUUCAGUCGGAGGGUUGUCAAGUAUGCGUCGAAAAAGUGAGCGAACGGUGAAAAGUUCGCCGAUAAAGAAGACGGAACCAACGAGUCGUAGGUCAACGCGUCGUGGCCGUAAGUCACCCGAAAAAUCACCGAUUAACGAAGAGGAAAGUGAUAAUUCAAGUGAUCAAGCGUCCAGUUCAGAUAAUGAACCCGAAGAAGUUGUUGCACCGAAACGAACCCGACGCACAAGCCGCACCAUUGAAAAAUCAUCGUCGGCUGAAGAUGUCAAGGCAACACCAACAACAACACGUACACGCAGACGAGGCACUGCUAAAAAGGACGCAGAUAUUCCAGAAGAAGAAUGUACCGAGCCCGAUCAAACCACAACCGUUGACGAGCCAAAAGAGAAUGAAAAAGUUGAGGAGCCGUUGGAAAAACCGGAAACAAUCAGUGUUGAUAGCUCAACCGAACCGGUGACCACACCAACUCAGGUUGAAAAUAGCAGCAACAGUGUAGAGGAUGAAAAACCGACAACACCCAUUGAAACCGAAAAUGAAAAGGAAUCUGAAGAAAAAACCGAGAAUGCGACACCAGUUGAAGUUAAACCGGAACCUAGUGAGCCAGUUGAGCCGAGCAAAUCGCGCAGACGAACACUCAAACGAAUUGAACGACAGAUAAGCAAUGAAGAGGCAAAGGCUACGCCGGAGACAACCGAAACAACUGCGAGUAAGCAAGUUGAAAAUGAAGUAGAUAGCCGUGGGAAAUCACCGAAAAAACCGUUGAUUGAUGAGGUUAAAAGUUCCGAUGAAGCAAAAGUGAAUGAAACAACAGAAACACCAAUGAAAAGUCCUGAACUACAAAAUGGUAACACUUUGAAUAGUGAUGCAGCUGAUACAACGGCAAAAGAUACGACCGCCAGUGAAACGGAUUCGGCCACAAAAUUGAACAAGAAAAAACCCAUCAUACGAAAGCGGAAAUGGUUGACAAAUAAAACUGCCGCACCAAAAGUACAAGAGAUUGCCAUUUCCACUGAUUCGCUAAAGGGUUUGAUCUCGGAUGUGAAACCGGUGCCGUUGAGCGAUAUCAAAUUGGACUCAUCGCCCGAAGUUGAUCACGAAUCAGACGAUGUCAAGGUCGUUAGUUCCACGUCGAUAGACUAUAAUCGCCGCAGCGAAGAACAUUUGGUGGAAUCGACCGAGGAUGUAGCAGUUAGUAUCAGUACAUCACGGAAAAUAUCGAUUGUAGAAUCAGAAGGCGAACAACCGCUGAGCCCGGCCAAACAAAACCCAUGCAACAUCCUCUAUAUUACCAAUUUAGUGCGACCAUUCACUGUUCUACAGCUCAAAAGUUUGCUACAGAGGACCGGCAAAAUUACCGAAGAUGGCUUUUGGAUAGAUAAAAUUAAGUCAAAGUGCUUUGUUAAAUAUGAAACAGAAGAUGAAGCGAUUGAAACACGACAUGCGCUACAUGGCAUCCGUUGGCCGACAUCGAAUCCAAAAUGUUUGAAUGUUGAUUUUGGCACAGAAAGUCUUAUGGAAAAAGCCAUCGCAUCAACAGCCGACGAAAUUAAGCCGAAUGUUUACUCACGAGACGAUCGUAUCGCUAGUUCGAAUGAUUUGAAUGAAUCGAAUCGCGAAAAGGCAGUGGCUGCUGAUAGGCCGAUACGUGAAUGGGACUUAGGUAAAAAAGAUUCGCAUAGGCCGCGAGAAGUGGAUAGAGCUGAAAGAGAUAAGGAACGUGAACGGGAACAGAAACCAACACGCGAAGCAGGUGAACGAGACAGAGGAGAAAGAGGUGACAGAAUGGAAAGAGGUGACAGAAUGGAAAGAGGUGACAGAAUGGAAAGAGGUGACAGACGAAGACGGUCAGCUUCCGUUUCGCCUGGUCGAAAAUAUGCAAAGAAAGAUAAUGAACCACCGUUACGUUUAUUGGACGAUCUGUUCCGUAAGACGAAAACAACGCCUUGCAUCUAUUGGUUGCCAUUGACACCAGAACAGAUUGCUGUCCGGGUUGAAGAGCGCAAGAAAGCCAUCGAACGGCGUGAGACAAUGAGAAAAGAGCGAGAACGCGAGGAGGCCGAAGAGCGAGAGAGGCGACGCGAAAGAGAAAAACGUCGCGAAGAGUCGCGCGAAAGAGGAGAUAAAAAACGCCGUAGUGCUCCGCGCGAAAAAGACAAGCCGAGACGAGACGAUUCACGUAACCGAAAAGAUCGAGACCGGCGGGAUGACAAACGUAGGCGGUAUUAAGUCAAUUGAUGUGGUAAAGCAACAUGAAAUGAAACCAAACUAAACCAAACCGGGUCAAAAACCAGAUCACAAUUCAACCGUUAACACACAUUUGAUAAGUACAUAAACAUUUUAUUUUCAAUAUUGAAAUCACCACCGAAGCAUUGACACAUUUCAACAAAUGGCACUGAUACGAUCACAUGAAAACAAAAACGGUGUUCCGGUUUAUUCGACGCUCUGUGCAAAUUGUACAAUGCUUUGGUGGUUAUUUUCUAUUUGACAAUAUUUCAACAUGGACUUUCAACGUAAACUUUAAUAAUACAUCUUUAUGAAGAGAAAAAAAAAGAAAGAAAACACAUUGAGAAAAGUCGAUCAUAGUGAUCGCUCAAUACAAUUGAAAGACUUGUAAGUUAUCAUAGGCACUCUUUUAGUGGAGAGUUUGAAGAAAAAACCAAUCAACAAAAUAGAAUCUUUUAGAAAAAAAACACUUUCUUUCUCUCUGUCUCCCUCUCUCUUUCUUGUUGAUUUAAGUCGGUUAGCGUCGUAUAAAGAGUCGAAUUGAAAAAAGUGUGACUACUUUUGCUGGCGUUUUUUUUAAAUGUAAAAACAAGUUGGAUGAUAUUUCUAUCUCCUUCAACACUUCUUCUUAAGUCGACCUGUAUUUUUCGAUGUUUUUGAAGCAUGUAGGAAAAAGUCAGUUUUCCAUAUUUAUGCAAUAUCAUUGGCGACCAAAAUCUUUUUUGGAAUCUUGAAUGAAAAAUGAACAAUCUGUUAUUGUCUCAAAACUUCCCAAUGCAUUUUUUUUUUGAAUUUUAUUGAAUUAUCUUGAUUUCCAUCACAACACACACACACAAACAAUAAAAAUUGUUUAACGCAUCAAUAUUUGAAGUGAUUGCACUCUAUCGACGAGUUUAUUUCACCUCACCAUUAGAUAUUCCACGAUGUAAUAGAAGUUUUACUCUUACAUGACUUAAAUACGAAAAACAUACUACUCCAAUUUAAUACAUAGUUCCGCAAACGGGAAAUAAUUUAGACGGUCAAAAGUCAUGGUGAUUUGCAAGCGAUAAGAUAUAAUAAACCGAAAUUUAAAACAGAAUAAAAACCGAAGGGAAGCCUCGAGUUUAUUCAGGUUCACAGUUAAAGAAAUCAUCAACCGUUGGCGAUAUACAAGCUAUAAAAUCUAAUGUUGCUGAACGAACAUCAUUGAAUUUUUUUUUAAAAUAAAGAAACGAUUAAAAAAUGAAAA